CAAACUUAAAAUUUUGUACUGUACUCGAAUUUCACUUCACAAUUCACUUGUCAUUGAAUAAUUGAAUGAAGAAAGAUAAACGUUUGGGAAAGCUUGCGCAUUUGUUGUGGGCGGGGUGUAAGAUAAAUUGACCAAUAAGGCGAGCAGUGAUAACAAGAUAUUCGUAUGCGAUUGAGAGACCGUUAUUGAAGCUAUGUGAUUUACCGAAAGUGGAUAUAUUUCCUAAUUCUGAGAGAUUAUUUGAUAUUCGUAUUAUGUUUUUUGAUAAAAAGCGACUACAGGAAUUUGUUGUUUAAAGUUAUAUUAGGAUUUUUGUUUAGUGAAAAAAGUAAGUGUCUGUUCAUUUCACUAAUUUGUGUUGUAUAUGUGAAAUUCAGACCGUUGGAAUUAAAAAAGAUAGGAGUUUUUUUCUUCAUUGUUUUGCAAAACUUUGAUUAAACUCAAAAUUUUUGCAAAAUAUUUUCUAUUGGCAUUUUUGCUUUCAACAUAUUGAAUAGAUUGUUACAGUUGAAAACAGUAGGGGCAUAGUUUGAUUUGAAUAUACAUGUAUAGAGAUACCUGAUUUAAGGGUCAGUAUGGUUUGAACGUCAAGGUGCUUCAUAAAAAAUCUACUGAUUCCUCAAUGAAAAUUAAAGUAUAAAAAUGAAGCAUUCUUCAAGAACAUUGUUAGGAUUUUAUGUAGUAUGUUUGAUCAUAUGUGUACGGACGGACGAACAGAGUGACCUUGUAGUAAACAAGAAUCGAAUGCAUGAUGUCGUUCAGUCAAUGCUUGGCUUCAAAGGCAGUCCAAACAUGCCUCACCCGGCACAUAUGGGAGAAGAUGCCCCUAAAUAUAUGUUGGAUUUAUACGAAAGAUUCAAGAAUGGUCCAAUAUCUAAAGGUCAGACUGAGGGAAAUACAGUUCGAAGUAUUAAAGCAAAAAUAGGGAAAAUUAAUGACCAGCCGAUGUUCGUUUUUAAUUUGUCAUCUUUGACGUCAUCCGAGAAAAUAAUCAGCGCAGAAAUCCAUCUUUAUAAACGAAAGAAGGAGAAAUACAACAAAAAGUCCGAGUUCGAAUUACUCUUGCACGAAAUAACUUCUCAUGUCACAACAGAGCGCGGGAAAAUCGUUCUGAAAGCAGAAACAUUUGGUUGGCAAUGGUUUGAUGUAACUGAUACACUGAUCAACUGUCUUGUUCAUCAAAGAGAUUUGUCACAUUCUCUUGGAUUAAAUUUUAAAAUAGUAAAACCUCACGGUGAAUCUUUUAUCAAUUUAAAACGAUUCAUGCAUCAUCAUUCAGUGCCAUAUUUAAUCAUAUAUUCGAAUGAUUCCCAGCAUGUGGAUUUGGAGGAGUUUGAUAAACUAUCUAACGCCAAAGAAGUUAUACCAUCAAACGUUAAUUCUAAAGUUGAUAUUGUAUUACCAGAAAGAACUAAAAGAAAUAAAAGAAGUCUCAGUGAUAAUUCAGCGGAUUUGCCAAUCUAUAACUCACGUGCAAGGUCGUUGUCAAUUCUAACAAAUGAAAUUCCCGAAGAUCCAGCGGAUUAUGAUCGCCCAUAUCCAGUCAACGUCAAGAACAUUCAAACACAUCCGGGCAUGUUACAAACACGGAAAGAAUCACGCCAUCGACUUACUGACCCAGGUUUGAUACCUUACCCAGGCGAAUACCAUGAUCGAAGCAAGAAAAGGUGGAGAAAUAAGAAAAAGAAAAAUAAGAAAAGUCGCCGGCGUAAGAAUCAUCUGGAAUUGCCAAAGGAAUGGGAAGAUCUGCAAAAAAUGGCGGAAGAUGAAAAAUCUGACAAUUUAUGUAGCAAGAAAAAACUUAUAGUUGACUUUAAUGAUAUUGGAUGGGGAGAGUGGAUAAUUUCACCCAAAUCUUUUAAAGCACAUUAUUGCUCUGGAGUUUGUACAUUCCCUCUAACAAAGAAGAUGCGACCUUCAAACCACGCAACAAUUCAAAGUCUGGUUCAUGCUGUAGGGAUAGAUGAAGAUGUGCCGGCACCAUGCUGUGUACCAGAUAAACUCUCAUCAAUUACAUUGUUAUAUUUUGACGAAAAUGGAAACGUUGUUCUCAAAAAUUAUCCCAAUAUGACAGUCCAGAAAUGUGCUUGCAGAUAGUUUCACAGAAGAAGGUUUUAGAUACAAAUUUUGGAAUUGUUCUAAUUUUUUCUGUGGCAGCAAUGAGGUCGUAUAGUGAAAAAUGAACCCUCUCAUUGAAUGAUAAGGUCGUGUAGUGACAAAAACCUCUUGUCAUAUGUGUAUGUUGUGACUUCCAAUUAAAGCCAACUACCGACAUAAAAUACAAAUCCGAAGUUGUGCGGAUACCGAAUUAUAAAUCUCAGAGUUAGUCUACUCAGGGAUCUUAUUGAUAUCAGACCUUCAAAAAGACAUAUUAAGGUUCUGAUAGUCGAUACAUUAUUCAAAGACAAAAUCGAUCCUUUUUUGUGGAUUCAAGCGAUCGUACUUAAAGAGGAAACAACAGUACUUGUACCAUGUGUGUUUAAGAAACUAUGUGAAACUAUAUUAAUAUGCGAGCAAAUGGAUAUGAUGCACAGAGCAGGUAGUGGUACGAUUUUCUAGCUAGCAUAUCUCGUGAGAUGUGUUUAAAACAUUGUGUAACAUGUUCUUUGACGAAGCAUUUGCUGAAUUUUCAAAUGGCAUAUGGAAGAUAAUAUGUAGUUUAUAUGUAAAGUUUUCUCCAAUAUGGAGUGCAUAGUAAAUAAUAAUAAUAGAUGCAAUCGUAAUGUUCAAUCUUUGAGAACUAUUACAUACAUGUAUAGAUGUUGUUGUUUGUAACCUGUUUAUCUAUCAAGUAUUCAAUGUUCCAGAAUAACGUUGAUUGUUUUACCAAGACAUUAAGAUAAUAAAGAAAUUAAAAAGAUAAUUGUUAAAAUUGCAAUACUAUAUAUGUAUGUACUAUAUUUUGCCCAGAACAUUUAGACGUCAAACUAACAAACAAAAGUCUAUAUAAUUAUAUAGCUAAUAAAAUGAGCUAUGCAUAUACUUUAAUUACGUCUACAAAUAUGUGAUAUUGUUCCAAUUUUUGAACGGUUGUUACCUUGGAUAAACCCUCAUUUUUAUUUUGUUUAAAGCAACUGUCAUCAAAAUAUAAAAUCCUAUUUAAUUUAUAGAAUUAUUUUACGGUAUAAGGUCUUACAGACUUCAUGUUCGGAUAGGAUUUCGGGGAGAAUUAUAGUUAAUCAAUGUAUGGGAUUCAUCUAAUAUUUUAUUCUUUUGAUAGGAUGAGUUAAUUUGUAAGAAUGAUUAAGUUAAAUCGUGAUCAUGUUUUACAGGUAUUUAGGAGUUCAUGUAUUUUUUUCAACGUUUUUAGUGUUUGUUUUUUUUUAUAAUGUUUUGAAUAAUGUUGUGUAAUACUAUCUACCUCAGACUCAAAACGUGAAUUACGUGAAAAACGUGAAAUAUCAGCCUGCAUACUAGGGCUUCUGAAACCUAUUUAUGCAGACCAUUCAGCUCGUAAAGUAUGUGCUGUAAUUUCUGUCUACACUAACUUGUUUUUAAUUUUUAUCUAAUUUUCCCCACCAAGAUAUUAGCUAUUAUUUAUGUAUACAAAUCAUUAUAUCAAUGAAUAUUAUAUCAAUGAAUAAAAAGUAGGAAUUUCUAAAUAAGCUAAGCUUUAACAAUAUUUUGAAUUGUUUAGAAAAAAUUCUUUCUCUCAGGGCAUCUCUCAUAUCCAUCCGAUAUCAACAUUAAAUUAUCAUAUAUUAUUUAAUAAACGUCAUAUCCAAAUUGCAGAAAACAUUAUAUAUUUGUAGUAUUGUAUAGAAUUUUUAAGAUACAUAUGUCUCUAAAGCAAAGGUGUGUGUAAAAAAAUACUGGCUCUGUAAAGAAAUCAGAUUUUAAUUUUAGAAUUCAUCAAGAAAAAAAGAUAAAAAGAUAUUAUGUGCAACUAUUGUGUCGAAUUCAAAUCAAGUUAAGUUCAUUCGCACUAACGUAAACAUUUAGAUUUUUUCUUUUCAAAUUUGCAAAAAUAAAAUGACCUCGAGAUAAGUGUUAAAUAUUUUAGAAUUUUAAACAAAUUGACUCUACGGACAAUAACAACAUUUGACCAUUUGUUUUUAUAAGUUAUUCAAAUACACCUAUCAACAUGUAGUGUUUGAACAAUAUAAUGUACUGUUUUUAAAGCAAUAAUUCAGAUAUGAUUUUAAUAAAAUUGUAACCUAAAUAUUUCACCAGCAAGUGCUGAUACAUAUUUAUUCAGAUGCUUGUUUUCUUUUAUCUCUUUUAACAAUAAGGAAUCAACUGGGAAUCAUUUUGUAUGCAAUCUAACAUACAUCAAAUUAACACAAUUAUAUACUGUUAUUUUUUUCUUUCUUCAUUUAUUUUGUUUGCAUUGUUACUACCUUGAAGCCAGUUUUACAUGUUUAUUUUUUUUGCAUUAAAGACAUUAUUGAUUUUUAUCUAAUACAUUGUAAUUUUAUGCUAUUAAUAAAACAUGUCUAGAUUUGAA